AUGCCGAGUCAAGCAUGUUUACGGUGGGUCGGGCCAUGCCGGGCGGCCGGCCUGGCCCGUUUGACCAGGGAUAGAAUGUGCAUCUGCGAGUUUAUAGGAGUAAAUAUACGAGCGUAUAUACAUGAGCCCAUACGAUACUCUGGUGAUCUGGUCUUCCAAACCAAGCAACCAACCACCACCGUCUUCCUCCCGAGGCUGCAUAUAAAACCUCCUCCUCCACCCCGUCCAGACCUCCACGCUCGUCCAUCCCACGCUCCCCUCCCGUUUCCGCUCCGCCCGCAACUCGCUUCCUCCUUCGCCUCCUCCACCCAAACCCUAGGCCCCAAGCCCACCGCCACGCUCCCACUCCCGCUCUGCGGCAAUUCCGCGAACACCUCGCGCGCAUCUCCCCACGUUUCCACGGCAACCUCUCCGAGCGCCCUGGCGAUGGCGAACCACGAGCCCACGUCCAUCCGCACCGAGGCCCGGGAGAUUCUAAACCUCCACAACGACGGCCAGCACGAGGCUGCGCUGGCCCGCGCCGUAGUGCUCGCCGCCGUGCACCCGGGCUCCGCGCUCGCUCUCAACCUCGCCGGCCUUAUCCACCGCUACGCCGCCCUCGUCGCGCGGAACGACAGGGGCGCCUCCAGCGACGACGACGACGACGAGAACGAAUCCGCGCUGGAGAAGUACCACCUCCACGCCGCCCUCAACGCCUUCUCCGCCGCUGCGCGGCUCGCGCCCGGCUGCGUCGUCACCAACGUCGACCACGCCAACGCGCUCGCCGACUGCGGUCGCUACGAUGACGCGCGGAAGGAGUUUAUCCGCGUGGUCAACACGAUCGAGAAGAACGACCACGUCGACCCGGUGCUGCACAAUGUGGUGUACGACAUGAGCGGGGACUCCAGCAGGAAGGCGAGAAGGGGCGACGCGGUGAAGAGAGCCAACAACGCCAUGGAGCGCUUCGCGCAAAGAAUCAACCUCAGGAUUCUGCCAUCGGAGGCCGCCAAGUUGCUGGACGCCAGCAAUCUCGGCGGGCCUGCCGCCGAUGAAGCGCGAGACCGUGCAAAGUUUCUCGCCGAGGCCUACCCCUACUCGCCGCGCGCCCAGCUACUCCACGCGUACAUCGACUUGGCACCAGUCCGUGCCCUCGAUACGGCAAUGGACAAGAAGAACAAGAAGCAGCUUCUGCGCCGCACACUCACCAUCGUGUCUCAAGCGGCAGAAAACUUCGACUGCUCGCUCAUGGUUGCCUUGUUCCACGCCAAGCUCUUGUUCGUCCUGGAUGAGUUUGAUGCUGCCGAGGGAGAGUGCCACCGGGCGCUUCGCAUUGAGAAGCCGGAUGACCCAAAUUGGGAUGACAUACCUCCCAUGGCUGCUCUUGGGGCAGAUUCUGAUGCCAGAGUAUCUUAUGUCAAGAAGCAGCUCCGUGUAUUGCUCAAGCAGAUCGUAGUUGUUGCUGCGCUAUACUGGUCCUCUAUGAAGAAUGCGCCGCAGGGCCAACGUGUCGUAUCAGUGACGGUUGACACGCUGAUUGCACACUAUGAUGGAAUCGACAAGUCGGCAGCAAAGACCAUAUCUGAUGCAAGGCGCUUUCUCAAGAAUCAGGAGUCAUGGAGUUUCUGGAUUUGCCUCAAUUCCCGUUGUGAUGGCAAGAAGUUUUCGGACACUAGUUCUCUCUGGCAACACAUGUGCAGCAAGCACCGGGAUGAGCUCUGGGGGGAGCUGCAGUCAGUUAUAGAUCCAGAAUAUUGUGAAAACACAUCACAGGAUGAUGGCUCGUUGGUUGGGAUAACUCUCAGCCGCCAGCCCGACACCUUCCUUUUACCAAGGGUGCAGGAUAUGUUUGAAUACUUGCUGCUUUCACCAUCUGUUGGAAUACAGGCAGAGCCCUUCGCUGAAAUGCGACAAAGGAAAUGCAGAGAAGGAUCUGAGAUCCUUGAGAGCAUCAGGGAGAAGCUGAGGAUGUUGCCUGAAGAUACACUUAGCACUGAGUUUCAGGAGUGCUGUUCUGGAGUAGAGAAAUUGUGGCUCAAGUUUCUCGAAGUCACUGUUCUGGACUAUCGUGAAAUCAUUCUUCCCCUUGCGAGAUCAUACCAAUGGAUUGAAUUGAAGAAACGGAUUCCUUUUUAUCUCAAUCAUCCUGGUACUAGGCGUAUUGGAUUUGCUGAUGCCAACAUUGAUAUUAUAUGCGGAACUUCUGGCCAAUCUGUCAAGGAAAUGGUAACCACCUCCAGUUCUCAACAAAGACUUAAUGUUUCCAACAAGAACAAUGCUGAUGAAGAAUUGUCUAUCUUGAGUGUAAUCAUACGGUCAUUGUGCAAUCUGAGGCAUUUCAGAGAUAAACUUCUGAUGGAGCCACUUGUAUGGAUCCCGUCAGUUGAAAAUCCCUGCAUAGCUCAGCAAUUUUAUGAAAUCUUCUCUUCUUGGGAGAAAAACGACCACCACUUCACCGAUGUUGUACUGACUUACAUGAAGACUCUUCUCUGCAGAGUUGUAGAUUGCAGCACUUUGUAUGAAAAGAUCAAUUCCCUUGCAGAGCUACCGGUUCUAUUGGAUGAACAGUUUCGCGAGGACAACAAAUGCGAGCAUUGUGGAUGUCUGCAGAAUAUUGAUCUCUUCCUUUCAAAUACACCACACUUCUUUACAAUAGUUUUGAACUGGCUGGGUGGCAGUGAAAGCCAGGACGCACUAUCUGAAGUUCUGGCUGGCAUCACGUCUCCCCUUGACACUGAGUUCUUUUGCAGAAGUGCUCAUUCUGCAGCUUUGUAUGCUGUCACCUCUAUGGCCAAGUUGGUAUUGUUCUAAGACUGAAGCAAGGUUCUUAUUUUUGUGGAACGAAACUGAUCAUGGUUAAAUGGCGUUGUCACCUGGUCCAAAUUGCCUAGGUUACAUUGACGAGGCAUUUUGCUGCUAUUUCCAAUGAAGUGGAUAGAAGGUUUAAACUAUGAUACAUCAUAUCUGAGUUGGUUCAUACUUGAAGAGAUAUUUGCAAGUUUUCAAAUGGUACUAUUUGUGGCAUAUUUUUUCCUGUCUAAUACACUGAGAUCAAGAUAUUUAGAAGACCCAACAGAAGAAUUUCAGCAAGAAUCAAUAGCUUGUGUGAUCCUUGUGUCGCUAAGUUCUUUUUAUGAACGUUCCAUUGAUUGAACAGUUGAAGAAGUAUCAUAUGUAGGUAAACUGGUUGGACCUUGUAACGUCUGCUGCUCUCACAAGUAUGUUUUGCAUUAUUUCCUUCCCUUUAUAUCUAAUAGGAAAUGGCCUCAUCAAAUCACAUGGAGUGGUUGGAGAACAUGAGCUAGAGUAACCUUUUAUCUGCACACUUCUCUCUCUCUCUGUUUACUCUUUUGUUGCUUUGAGUGUUGGUACAGGCCUAUUGCAAGGUUGGUUUAAUGCUCUGGUUACUUAAUUUGCCUGCUUACAUAUGCAAGCAUAGCAAAUGCAGUGCAAUUUAGCAUCCAUCUUAUGCUACCUUGCAAUCCAAACUCUUGCAGAUCUGCUAUGCUGAUGACCGCUACGUCUGCUUUGCUCGUGACGAGGACAAGUGGGUCAUAUAUGGCUUAGAGACUGUCGAGAGAGAAGAUACUUGGGAGCAUUUGCUAGAACGUUUCAAGGACUGCAAGCUCCAGCCUGAAGUUAUAUUUUUCGAGGUGAUCAAGUAGACUGUUGUAUAGCUUUGCAGAAUGCAAACCUCUGUCAGACGAUUAAAGCCAAAUCUGGACCCAGUUUUUUUGUUUCAUUGCCACCAUUUUGAUGCUGUUUGGAUUGGUCACUCUGACAUCAAGUACAGAUAAAUUCUUGAGGGAUGGUAUAAAUUGUUCCGUGUGUUUUUAACUCCAAAGAAGGGUUUAAUGAUGUUUCUCUU